AUGGUGUUUCUGUGGAAUAGCUUCUACGACAUUGGACCCGCCAACAUGGGCUAUGCAAUCACCUCUGAAGUAUCCUCAGGCCGAAUGAGAGUCAAGAACAAUGCAUUUGUUCAUGUUGGAAGUCAUUUGACGGGAUUCGCCUUGUCUUAUGCCGUUCCAUACAUGUACAACCCUGAUGCAGGAAACCUGGGCCUUCGAAUGGGUUUGAUCUGGGGAAGUUUCUCUGUCAUUUUUGUUAUCUGGAGCUUUGUCUUUAUUCCGGAUGUCACUGGUCUUAGCUUCUAUCAGAUCGAUCAGUUGUUCGAGAGCCGUGGCCCUGUCCGCAAGUUUCACCAGGCAAAGUUUGACGACAACGGCCUUCUCAUUCGAUCAUUCUCCACCAGGACCUCUGGGGGGCUAGCUAAAGCGAGAGUUUACCGUUGGGGUGCCAUAGUAAACCAGGGAGGACGUGUUGAGGGGGCGAAGGCAGAGCAAGGAACUGUGAUCAAGCUGUGCAGGGGUAUGAUUCAGUAUUGGGGUUCCCAUUAG